AUGCCGACGAAAGUGAAGACGAGGAGGAGAUGCUGGUGGUGCUGGAGCUAUGCGACUUUAAGAACCACCCAUUGUUCGAUGACUACAGCUCUGCGACGCUUGAGGUGCGAGAACUGUUCAAUGGGCAUCGACACGGCAAGGCCGAUGCUAAAAAUCGGAGAGUACGAACUGCAUGAGCAGCUCGAGGAGACGGUGGGGACGAGCUAUUUCUACGACACGGACACAUCCAGAGUACCAGACAAAACGUACCAGUUCGCUGGGCAGACCAUCAAGAAGAUCAAGUUCACAAUUGCACCGCCGGAAGACGCGUAA